AUGUCUUCCACACCGCGCAAGAAGCGCAACAACCAACAGAACAGCUCAUCCGCACAUGCACACCCCACCCUCCAUGGCCAUCAAAGAACACGCUCGCAGCACCUCGCCGUACAACAAGCCGACCUGGCAACCCAGCAGAUCACCUCAGAUUAUGAGUCCGACACUGCAGGCUACACGGCCGCCCAGACCCUGCCGAAUCCCGCCCUGGCCCAGCGCUCUGUUGACAACAUCAACUUGACCGUCCUGAAGCGCUACAUCCCCUCCAUCACCAAGAUCCACAGCAUCGCCUCCAACGCGGUCUUCUAUACCUACGAGAACUCCCCCGACGGCGGCGCAUUCGAGAAGGCCAACACCGAAGGCCCGCUAUUCGCCUGCGGGCUCGACGAGACAAACCUCGAGUACUGCAUAUUCAUCCUCAAUCGCAAGACCACCGACAACCUGAUCAUGGAUCUGGCAAAGGUCAUCAACUUUGAGCAGCAAGGCGAGAUGCUGUAUGCUCAGAGCCGUGGCCACGAUGGCGAACUCAAGAUCUGGGGCCUCUUCAUACACGACUCGAGCGACAAUCCCCGCGCUACCCACGUCAACAGCAUCAUGAACUUGUGGAAGCUGGCGACGCUGCCCAAGCCACCCAGACAAACGGCCCUGUCGCCCCAGGGAGGCCAAGGGCCACACGGCGCCUCGGGGUUUGGGGGCAGACAGAUUGGAAUCAAUGAGUUGUUCAAGCGUUAA